AUGGCGUCCUCUUCAACCAUGUGCACAUCUUGCCUGCGAAUAGCGAGGAGGACCAUGGCAAAAGGAUCCGCCCAUCCUGCAACUGCCGCGAUACAGUCCACGCGAGCGUACAGCAGAGUGUCCUCAGGCGCCACUUCGCAGUCGCCUUUCCUCGACUUUCUUGCGCCUUCAUCUCCACGCAGGGUGCUCAGAAAUAUUCCAGCACAGAUCUCCAUAUUCCCAAAACGACAACACAUACCACGACGGACUCUUGCCACAUCAUCCGACGCCUCCACCGCAAAGCCCGCGCAACCAAUCCAAAACCCCCGUACCGAUGAUUCCGGUAACCCAAUGUUGAUCUCUAUAGCACCCCGUGCAUCGAAUCGCCUCCAGAAGAUCUCUACAGGUGACAACAACCCAAACCUCGCGUUGCGCGUGAGCAUCGAGAGCGGCGGAUGUCACGGUUUCCAGUAUCUUAUGGACUUGACGGACUUAUCGAAAGACCCAGCGGCUGAGGAAGACACCAUAUUUGAGGGGGAAAGGGGCGAGAAGAUCGUCAUUGACGAGUCUAGCCUAGAGUUGCUGAAUGGAAGCACGGUGGAUUAUACAAUGGAGUUGAUAGGUAGCCAGUUCAAGAUUACGGGCAUACCGGGGGCGACGAGCAGUUGUGGGUGCGGGACAAGUUUUGACAUCAAGUUGUAA